GAGACGGUCAGUCGGGGGGGAAGGAGGGGGGGAGAGGGGUACCGUGCAAAGUUGCGGGACUUUGGCGGAGCCGCACAAACGGACUCUCCGCUGUGACUGUGGGGUUCGUUCGCGAAAACAUUCCUUCAGAGCUGCGGAGGAAUCUCCACCACGUGUUUUUAAAUCAAUAAAGAUCUAACUGAUUAGUUUAAUCUCCACGUUCUGCAGAGCUCCGGAGCGCACACUCACACGGACACGCAUACGAGCAGCGGCGGCCACCGGAUCCCACUUGUGAAUCGAUGGCGUUCUCUCUGAUCGAUAAUCCGAGUGUGUGAUCACUUGGAGCUCUGCAGGGGUCACUGCGCACUGUCCCGCGGACGCACGCACGCACGCGCAGCCACACCGACGCAGUCCGGGCGACCGAGCUGCGAGUGCAUGUCCCGGAGCUCGGAGCAUCAGACAGGCAUGAGGAUCGGCGAGGAGGUGGCGCUCCGCUCUGCGCCCGGGACAACGCACCGACUCUCUCUCUCUCUCUCUCUCUCUCUCUCUCUCUCUCUCUCUCUCUCCCUCUCUCUCUUUCUACCCGUUACCGUCUCCUCCCGUUGGAGAUAAAUUAACGGAAAGCAGCUGUCCGCUGUUUUAGAGGCGAGGCUGCCGUCUGGCAGCUCAAGGAUCCCGUUUUGCCUCUUUCUUUCUUCCCGGUCAGUUCUCUUUUCCCGGGACUCCGCUGCUACCGCUUCGCCGCGCCCCUCCAGUCCCGCGCACCGAGGAGCCGCCCCGCCGCACGCCGGCCACAGCGCCCCGCAGGACGGAUCGACAUGUUGCAGAGGAUCGCCGGUGGCCGCGGAUCUCCGGCGGUUUGAAAUGCAGUUUCGGGACGUUUUGGAGCUUUACACCGUCCACCGCCUCCACCGGCCGCUCUCGCCUCACGACCCCCCGGCACCGACUCCACACCGCGCCUCCCGUGACUUUUUGUAAUUUUUCUGCAUUUCUAACAGGACUUUUUAAUAUUGUUUCCGGAGAUGUACUUCGUGUCUGGGCUUAAAGUGGCGCGCUCCCCGGCGGAGGGCCUCUAACAGGUCCGGACAGUACAUGUAACCCGAGGCGGAGGUCAAAGUUCACCGCUGGUUGGAAAUGUGAAAGCGAAGGGGGCAAAAGGAGGGCUCUAUUCCCCCCUCUCUCUCUCUCUCUCUCUCUCUCUCUCUCUCUCUCACACACACACACACACAUACACUCACUCUUUUUUUCUGUUCUUUGCUUUUUUCACACAACACACCACUGCGCACACUCACGCGCAAAUACACACACAGGCUGGAGUUGCAGUAACACCCCCCCCCCCCCCCCACACAUACACAAACACACGUACACAAACCUCUUCCAGAUCUAAGAUUAGAUCCGACCGAUAUGUAUUCUCCGCUAUGUUUAACACAGGAUGAAUUCCAUCCUUUCAUCGAAGCCCUGCUGCCCCACGUCCGGGCCUUCGCCUACACAUGGUUCAACCUGCAGGCCCGCAAGAGGAAGUACUUCAAGAAGCACGAGAAGCGCAUGUCCAAGGAGGAGGAGCGCGCCGUGAAGGACGAGCUGCUGGGCGAGAAGCCCGAGGUCAAGCAGAAGUGGGCCUCGCGCCUCCUGGCCAAGCUGCGCAAGGACAUCCGGCCCGAGUUCCGGGAGGACUUUGUGCUGACGGUGACGGGGAAGAAGCCGCCGUGCUGCGUGCUCUCCAACCCCGACCAGAAGGGCAAGAUGAGGCGGAUCGACUGCCUGCGUCAGGCGGACAAAGUGUGGAGGCUGGACCUGGUCAUGGUGAUUUUAUUCAAAGGGAUUCCCCUCGAAAGCACUGAUGGGGAGAGGCUGGUCAAGUCCCCGCAGUGUUCGAACCCCACCCUGUGCGUGCAGCCGCAUCACAUUGGAGUUUCCGUCAAGGAGCUAGAUCUCUACCUGGCCUACUUUGUGCACGCAGAAACCGGCCAAUCAGAAAGCCCCAACCAGGCCAGCGAUUCAGAUAUCAAGGAGCAGCCAGAGAACGGUCAUCUGGGUUUUCAGGACAGCUUUGUGACACCCGGCGUCUUCACGGUGGCCGAACUUGUACGAGUCUCUCAGACACCUAUCGCAGCUGGUACCGGGCCAAAUUUCUCACUGGCCGACCUGGACAGCUCCUCUUAUUACAGCAUGAGUCCAGGAGCCAUGAGGAGACCUCUGCCGAGCACCUCCUCCUCCAGCUCUGCCAAGAGGAUAAAGUGUAUGGAGGAGGACGUGGACAGUCCUGGGGAGGAGUCCUACUACACCAGUCAGGGUCGAUCUCCGGGCAGUGGCAGCCAGGCCAGCAGCUGGCACGAUGUGGAACCAGCUGGAUAUAAGCUGCGCGGCUCUCUAGCUAGCUCAUUCAUCUCCCGACAAGCGAGCCCCCACGCUCCCCCCUCCAGCCUCCACUUCUCCUCCUCCCCCAUCCUGCAGCAGCCCGGCUCCUACUUCUCCCACCCGGCCAUCAGGUAUCACCCACAGGAGACGCUCAAGGAGUUCGUCCAGCUGGUCUGCCCUGACUCCGCCCAGCAGGCCGGACAGGUGGGCUUCCUUAACCCUAAUAAUAGCUCCCAGGGAAAGGUCCACAACCCUUUCCUCCCGACGCCCAUGCUGCCUCCCCCGCCGCCUCCCCCGAUGGCUCGCCCCGUCCCGCUGCCUGUCGACGCCAAGCCGCCAUCCACCUCCUCCACCGAUGGCGGGGGCAACUCGCCCACCUCCCCCACCUACUCCACCCCCACUUCAUCUCCGGCCCAGCGGUUUGUCAGCGUCGGACCCAGAGAUCCCGGCUUCAACAUCCCUCAGCAACCACAGUGGUACCUGGGAUAAGGACUCCACCCCUGCCCCUCCACCCACCUGUACGACAGAUCGCUGCAUCCUCCUCUUCGACCCUUGACCUUUGAUGCCAGUUGCGACAGAGAGUCCCUUCUUGCCCUGCCCCUUCAGCCCUCCAACUCCUCCCUCUCUGCGCCUGACUCCACCCCUACCAGCGCCCAACUCAGCAGCAACAGCAUGGCUACAGCAGAUCAAACGCACCCGAUCCCGGUGUUAAAAGAACCCAUCUGUAAACCGUAUGUCACAGACUUCCCUGUAGACGCAUGGUUUGUAGGUCGAUGUCCAUUUUAGUGCCAGACUCCUCCCCCUCCCACAACCCACAAGACGGACCAGUUUUUGUGAACGCCGCUAGCCUGAAUCACAGGGCUUCGCCUCUGGAGAAACAACAUUAUCCUCUGCAGAGUGUGCAUCCAGUGGACUUAUAACGGUACAAUCCCCUCCACCCCCCAUCCAACCCCCCGUGCCAGUGGUUCCUGAUGGCUUGGGGUUGGUUUGGUUGGUGGGAUCGGACGGGCUUUACCAUGGGAGGGGUGUUACCUGGCUCAUAUACCAACAGCUAAUACCCACGACCCCCUCAUAGAUGUCCGAGCCUUCACAGCCUCCACGGAUUGACUCCGUCCUCCCCCCCACUUGACCAUGCCCCCCUGGGUGGUGGCACGAAAGGGAGGGAGGGAGUCAACGAGGCUCUUUCCAAGGACAUGGACCAGUGCUUUAUGGAAAGAGCCCACCUGAUGGGAAGGUGAUGCGGGUACAAACCAACGCCCUGCCUGUUUCACAGAAAAAACAUGAACUGCAAAUGGAAGGGUCACAGGUGGUUUGGGAGAAGGUGGGGUGGUAAACGUGGGGGGAAGCAGGAGUUUGUUGUUCAUGUGAAGUGUUGCAACCAGACGCUGGUGGAUCCAAGCUGGUUUAUCUAAGAAGGCUUUGGUUUCAUGGCUCAUUGAUAUUUCUCUCCUAGGCAGUCAUUUCAGCUGGUCCCCUCCUCUUCCUCCUCUAUCCAUCCACCAGUCUGUGUGAAGCUACAGCAUACAAAGGGUGGGCAGAAGGCUCUGGUGUCCGAUAUGCAGCAGGCAGACAGGAGAGAGAAUGAUGAGUGACUAAAACUUUACCAGUGGAAUAUUGAUCAUGAGGAAAGUGCAAUUUUGUUGACUAGCUGUUGGAUAGUUAAAUAUCUUUGUAAGAUAGCUCAUUUAAAACAGUUGAUGAAAAGUAUAUAUGAACUAUAUUUUUCUUCUUAGUCCGUUCACACCUCUGGGACUCUAAAAUAUUGGGGUACAAAAGACAACAACACAGCAUUGAACUCGAAACAUAGCCUUGGGAGAAAUAAGAGGAGCGGUUUUCACACUAUUGUCUAUUAUUUGUGGUUAGUUCAUCUUGUAAAGCUGUUAGUUUGGUAGAACAAGAAUCCCUUUAAAGAAAUAUCAUUUUUAACAAUCACUUUUUUGUAUUUCUUGCAGCUUAAGCUUUUUAUUUGGUUUGAAAGAAGAAAAACGCUUAACUUAUUUUAAUGAGCACAUUGUUUUACUUUAAAAAAUAAAAAGAAGCUAUUUGAAUUUCUCAUGAGGCAAAAUCAGGAGAACAUAUAACAAGUGAAUUUAAGUUAAAACGUUUUCUCCCGGUUUCUGCGAGAUAAUCGUUAACGGGUGUUACCCGCUGAUUGGCUGGGUCUCAUAGAGGUCCUAUCCAAUCAAAAGCACUUAUUCCUGCAGUUGGCCAAUAGGCCGUGUGUGUAAUCAGGGGGUGUGGUUAAGUGAUAAAGAGGCAGAGCAGAGGGUAACUCUCUGAAAGCUUUCGUCCACAGACAGCCGGGCGCUUCACAUGCAACCAUUUUAUUGACCAUUUUAUUUUUUUUCUUCCUUUCCUAUACCUUAUAUAUAAAUAUAAAUAUAUACAGUAUAUACACACACACACACCCAAACACACACACACACACCCAAACACUCUUAAGACCAUCCAGCGUCAAACAAAAGUGAAUUUAAGUGAAAAUGUUUUUUUUUAAAAGAACAAAAAAAUCUGCAUGUUCUAGUGUUAGUGACAAAUUUUUUCCAUAGAUGAUGUAGUUAGUGAGAUAAAGACACUAUAUUGUAAAUCCAACAUGAGGCACUUGCCAGCAGCCAUCUAUCAGUUUGGCCCCGUCGAGGCCUUUUCUAUUGCUCUCCUUUACAAACAACCAGCUCUAUUCUCGGCACAUCUCCAUUUCAAUUUUCUACUUCCCUCGCUCACCCCUUACUUUUUCCUUCAGCAACAGAUCAAUUCUGCUUUUUGGAUGAUAGUAAUUCAAGACUUUCUCUCUUUCAUCUGUACGUUAUUAAAUUGCACGAAAACAAUUGUUCCUCAUGAAUGUGCCUUGAGCUACGGUCCAGUCCUGGGAGGUUGCACAAGAUCCAAUGUGGAGAGUCUUGCUUUAUCGUUAUUCUGCUUUGAACUUCUUAAUUCGUCGUCAGCACCUGCAGUUUUGUUGGUAGUUGAAGCAAUUAACGUCAAAGCGCUGAAGCCGAAGAGGAACGCUGGGGUUACCAGAAUUACUGACUGGUAAUCUCUCAGUUUUAAGAGAUCUCAGGCCUUUGCUGCACUGCUUUCUGCCCCCCUUGCCCUCCUUGCCCCUCACCCCAUCCCCACCUGCAGUGCUGAGCAGCGACCUCACAGGUGAAUGCUACAUCAGCUACAAUCAGGUCAAACAUGUUCAGGUACCUGCUAACGGACGACAACACAGGGAAAUUUUGUGAAAUGAGCAUUGAGUCUGAGGUUGUGUUAUGUUGAAAGGACUAAUGUGUAGAUGCUGUUUGUCUUAUGUAAAAACAACAUGAGGUUAACAUGACUUUCUCAGCUCUUAGCUAUAUAUCAGAUGUAGAAGCGAAAACAAUUCAUAGUAAUUAGCUGUAAAAACAUUUCUAGCUAAUGUCACAGCUUGAAAGAUUCCAUCCAGCUUGCUGCUAAUGUUAUCUUAUACUCCAGCAGCUAAAAUGGUUUGAGGGGAAAGAAGGGUGACCACAGUGGGUGACAUUUAGGAGAAGAGAGAUGGGAGUGUGCACAUUCACGGUGGUGGCCUCCAGUACGUCAGUGUAACAAACACGAGUAAUAAUACUUGAAGUAUUCUUUUCUGCAGACUUGGCAAAAUGCUGUGAAAAUCAGUUUUAGUCUAAUUUUGCCUAAAAAGCUUAGUCCCUGUUAGAUAGUGGUUUAUUUUAGCAGGUAAAAUUCUUUAUUUAGGUCAGCUAACCAUGAGUAGCUAAACUGGUCAUGUUAGUAACUGGCUAUGCCGUUGAGGUUAGCUAACUGUUGAGCUUAGCAGCGUCUUUGGGUGUGCUAUCGGUUUGUUUAUUACCUGGUCCCUAACAGUUAUUUGAAGAAGAAACAAAGAGUUUAUGGUCUGAUGACUUUCGUUUAAAUUAUAUAUGUGCUGUGCUGAUACAAAAACAGGAAAUAGAUGGACAUUAAAACACAUUUUCUCACUUUUCCUGUUAUUUGCACUUAAAGACAUUGUACUCAUUUCACAAAAUUUUGUGAUGUCAAUAUAGACAAGGCAGAGCUUGUAACUUCUCACUAGCUGGUUUGUUAAGUUAACCAAGUUAACCCCCAUCCAUCCCAUUGAUCCUAGCGUAUAUCUGAUGGGAUGACUUUCAUUUUAAACCCUUCCUUUUUACAUUUUUUUGUUUGUUGGUUCUUCUACUUUUUGUUCCCAAAAAAGAACUAUGUGGACAUAAAAUAUGCAAUACCUGCUUGCACUCACUUUUUUGUUCUUUUUAACUGCCAUUGUUUUAGUUUUUUUCUUUCCCUUUACUUUCAACCAAAGUUAGCGUGCAUGCAACUGGCAUCUUGCUCCGUGGUCGGCCCCUAAAAAUUGUGAAGCCAACCCCGCACCAACGCUGCAGCAAAGCUGAGCCACCAUCGUUUGGGGAAUUCCACUUCCUUCCUUCCUGUUUUUAAAAUCUUCCUGACGGCUGCAAUAUUACAUUUGGGUCUCUCUUUCUGAAAUGUCUUUUUUUUCAUUAUUUGUUUGGUCACGAGCAAGCCUUAAACAAGUCCAACUUCUUCUCCAUCGCACAGAAAACAGUUUAUUAAAAAACAUUUUCGAUGACGUCCAGCAUUUUAACCACGCCCCGCCCUGCUCAGCAGAGGUUUUAGUGAAUAAAUUGUUCACCUGUUCUGUGUUCAGUUUGUCUAUCAAAUGUAAUGGACAGCGCCGUGACGCCGCCAGCUGUGAUGGUUUAGUAGUUUGCACUUGUGUGGGUUGUGUUUCCUCCUAGUGUGACAUGUUUGUUUUCGUCUCUGUUCUUGCCUACCCUUUAGCCAUGAGUUGGGCAUUACUUCUUAAUUAUCUGCACUAAAUAUGAAAUAAAUGACAAUAGUGAAAAAGUAUUACGUUAAAAAAAUAAUUAAAAAAACGGGGCUUAAAAAGAGCAAAGGGAAUUCAAAAAAAUAUUGCACGGACAUUUUUUUUUUUUUUAAGUGUCACAAAAACCUUGUGAAACAGCCUAGCAUCUAAUCAGCGACUUUUGGCUGGGUUCUGUGUAAGAUAACGACAAAAUUGCACCCUUUUUAAAGAAAGAAAAAAUGAAAAAGAAUAUAAAAGCAAUAGUUUGGGCAGUGUGUUUUUUUGUUCUUGUGUUGUGUGUGUAAUUUAGUUCUGGUACAGCAGCGAAGAGACGCAAUGAAGAGUUAGCUCUUAAUGGACGGGAGGGCAGAGCAGCAGGGCCACAAGGCCGACUGGGAGACGUGUUUGUAUGUUGUAUAGUUUUAUUAAUUACACUGAUUUUAAAGCUGCCCUAUUUUAUAAUGCAGGACUUUUGUAACAUUGAUAAAAUGAGGAAAAACUAGUGUUGUGAUUUUUCUGAUUGUUUGUAUCGAGGCCACAUUACUAGAAUUGGUUUGGUUUGUUUUCCAGGAACUGGAUUUAAGUUGAAAACUUUCCUGUUUCCUUAUUUUUCCUUAAUUCUUUUCUUCAUUUUUGCUUUCCUUUUUGUAUGUAUUUAAGGACAUUUCCUCUGUUGAUGGUAUAGCAUAUUCCUAUACUUAAAAAGUAUGGGGCGCUGUGGUGAUAAGACCAUUGUAAAUGGAUGUUACAGUAUGCUGUAUGUUUUGAAGGUUAUUUGUUGCAUCAGUGUUGAUGAAGCUACAUCUAGGUAAUUCUGAGGAAAAUUGGUAAGAAAAGCAAGCGUUUUUUAUGCAUUUAAAAAUUUAGUUUUUAGGCAGGAGACAAUGACAUAGCCAGCCAAAGGAUGCCCCUACUAUAAAUGCAUUUAGGCAUCUUUUUUUGUGUUCACCAUUCCAUGCAGGAAAAUAAACAGCUUGAUUAUGCAACAUGAUUCUUUUUCUUUUCCAUCUGUUUCUUUAUUCACUGGCCCACAAUAUCAAACUCGCCUCCUCUUCUUUCUCCUCCUCCUCCUCCUUCUUCUCCUUCUUCCCUUCGUCCUCCUCCUUCAUCCCUCCCUCAGCCUGGAGGUCCACUCUGAUCUCUGUCCAUCUGCACAUCCACCGCUUCAUUGCAUCACAUUCAUCAGCAGCAGAUAACCGUCCGAGGUACCUCAAGACAAACAGUAUUUCUGGUAUGAUCAAAGUUUCUGCUCAUUUCCUGCAUUCCCUUCUAGUAUCACAGCUUUUAUCAUAAGAUAUAUUAACUCACUUACCUCAAUACAUAAUCUAAGGUGAGGUGCUCUUAACUCGAUUACCCUGCCGCAGAGUAGUAGUACUUCCUUUAGGUGCUCAUCAAGGUCUACACUGGACAUUUUCGUCCUCGUUCAAUCGUCCUUAUCAAUUCUACAUUAUUGUACAAUUAUUUGCUCUUUAGAACGUCUUUAAAGCAGAAAAGGCCCCCAUAUCAAGACAUCCAAAGAACUUAAAUUCAAUUUGUAUGAUUUGUUUUUGCUUGAAUAAUUCACUUAAAAUAAUCAUUAAUUAGCGACACGUUCUAGCCUGGAAAGUGAACAACUGAAAAAUGGGACUCAGACACGUUCUGUGUAGGCAAACUCUCCAUCCUUUCAAACUCAUGUUGCCUCAACCUAUUUUCAAACAAACAAAAAAUUGGUUGCAAGUCGAAAAAUACCAAAAACUCUAUGUUAUUUUUGGGGAAUGUAUAUUUAAUAUUGCUAAAGGAUUCUAAAAUGUUGCUGAUUGUCUAAUGAAAUGGUGAACCCAUAAAAUACAACCUGGUUUUGAAUGUUAGGAACUAACAGCUAUUAUUUUGUGAGGAAGGGGAUAUUCCCAAAAGCUUUUGUUUUGCAAUAUAAGUUUCAGGUGCAAAUUAAAAUAGUGAAAAGGCGCGUAGCCUCAAUGCUAAAGCCGAGGCUUCGAGAUGGCUGCAACGCCUUACUCCGCUCACCCUGAAUCUAAAGAACUCCAAAGCUUAUCAAACCAGCGAUAUUAGCGAAAGCUGGAGAGUCUUGCAUUUCCCUACUUCACUCCCCGCCAAGAGCUGAUUUGGCAUUUAAAUGGAAUUCUGCCGCUCCAUAAGGAAACAGGGUUGAACGAAGGCUGAGCUUUUUAAUGCUAGCGCCCUUUUUUGUUUUUCACAUUUGUCCAAAGUCUCCCGGGGCUUCCCCGAAGAGACAAAUUCAUCGCACCAGGCCGCUGUUUGAGUCGACCGUUUUUUGAACAGGGUCUGAAGGUAAUUGAAUUUGAACAGCUUAAACGUGAAGAGGGGCAGAAUUCUUCAGGCUUCGAACCAGGGUAUUUUUAAUCCGCCCAUGUACACUUUAAGGACCCGAGGAUGUGAAUAAUGGCAACGCUGAACGUACAGUAGCCCAUACUUGUAGAACAAUCAUUGAAGGAACUGCACGAGAGCUUCAGUGACACCUGAAUCUAGCUGCUUUUUAUUUGCUCGACACCCGAGUCAAAUCCUGUUGUUGUCUUCGGCAACGGCAGGGCACGAGGAAGACAUCCUUCAGGGCGACGGAGUGUGGAAAUGAGUCUCAAUGGCAGCCCUUAAUAGAGAUGAAGGAAAGUCAUUGGACAGGGAGGCAGGUAACACUGAAGCUGCUCUCCAGCAGUCAACUGUAAUCAAUUACUGUUCUUUGUGCAAAGAUAUUUAUUUAUUCUUUUGCAAAACCAUCACACGGUGCUAAUUGUUGAAUCAAGCCAGUGAAGAGGAAGCAAGCUGGGAAAGCUUGCCGCCAUCAUGCUUCCCCGAUAGCGUAUCAGCGCAUAGCAGUCUAAUCUGCAUGAGAACUAUGCACUGACAAGACAUCCACGCGGCUCACGUGUGCGCGCCGCCCGCGGGGACUUUGGUGUCUAACUUUGUGAAACACAUCGGCCUUUGCCUUCUUUUACAAUCCGUAUUUGCGUUUUCCAGAUCCCAGCUUCCACGGACCAAACGAGUCCUUCAACAAAAUUGGAAAAAUAAAUGAAAAAUAAAAGAGAACCAGCAUAUUACGUAAUAUAUUUAAAAAGAUCAAAUGUAGUGCCUGUGAAAACCUGUAUUAUAAUGCUCUUCUGAAAACCGAAUAUAAUAAUUGUUUGUAACUGUUGAAAUUUCUGACCACCAGUAGCCUUUGCUGUCUGUCAGGCCACUCUGAUUAUAGCUAAUGUACAAUAAUCAUAAAAUGUAACUGCAUGCUCUUCCAUAAUCGCGUAGUAAACUGUUACAAUGACACACAAAAAAGUUACAAAAACCAGAUUGUUUUGUUACUAUUCUUGGUUACUCUUUCUUUUCUUUCUUUUUUUACCUCUCCUCGUAUGCCUCAAACCUUUUUCUGCUCACCUCCUUCAUCCGUCCAUCCUCACACAUGGGACUCUUUCAUCUCCGACAUGAAAACACCACUGAACACCUCCGCGUGUCGGUUUAUUGCCAUCAAUUUGAUGGGUGUGCCACCAUGAUGACUGCCCCGGGGCAAUCGGCGGACAGCUGCUUCCUCUCGGGUGAUCCUUUUUUUUUCCCAACAAUUUCCAGCUAACUUUUAACAUCAGCAAGCACCUGGCUUGUCUGGCUCUCUGUAACCCUUCCUCCCUUACCCCCCGCGUCCAUUGACCAGCAGACUGAGAAAUCUUUGCAAGGGCUCUGGGUGAGUGCUCCUUCUUCUUCCCCCCCCCCGGGCAGUUUCCUGCAGGAGAUCGAAUCGAUAUCUGUUUUUUUUUUUGCAGUGCUCAGCACUAUCCGGGACAGAAUACCCCUCCCUCCCUCCCUCCCUCUUUGAGCCUCCACUGCGUCUCCCUCGGCUGGACAUCAAAUGGGCCGCCCGCUCCUCCAGGAUGAGAGAGUUAUAGAGAACGAAAAGUAGAGGGAGUCGCAGCGACCCCCGCAUCAACCCCCCCCACUCUCAGUCUCUUACCCACCAAUUUCCUCUUCCCAGUCCCCGGCCAGCUGGGGUCGAUCGGCUUGUCUAGCUCACCUCCAGUGGCUCCUCUCUCUGUUCGACUCGCAACCUGUCGAUGCAGCCCGGGUCUUUGAAACCAACAGUUUCUUCGACUUGUGGAUCUCUUUUAGGGCAGAAAACUUUUUGCGAUGACCAACUUUGUUGAUGACCAGACUGUUUUGCUACAGGACUACAGGACCACUGAUGAUGCAAGUUCUGCUUACACUACUGUUUUCAGAGCAAGGUGUAGUGUUUUUCAUAGUCCAAAUAUUUCUUGUACAGGCCCAAUUUUUUCUUCACUACUUCUGAUAGGAGAUCUAGUAUUACCUAUAAUCAUUAGCCAAUACCUCAAAGAAACUAUAUCAGUACAGAAAUUCCAAGAUAUGUUUCUGGUAAAAAUUCUUUAGAGGAAAGCAAUUGAAAAUGAUCUAACUAUCUAAACGCCCAACCUUUGGUCCUUCUGAAUAAAGUACAAAUGUUAGCAUCCAGAAUUCAUUUGUAAUUUCAGCCAAAAGCUAACAGCCCAGAUCUGCCCACAUUUCUCUCUUGUUGAUGUUCUGAAUUUUCAACCCGGUCAGCAGUACCGAUAACCGAUCGUCUCCAUUAGCAUUUUCUUUGUUGUCUUUCCAGAACUCUCAAUAAAAAUAAAAAAAAGUUCUACUAUAUCUAACCCACGACAAUCUCAAAAGGGGGAGGGUUUAUCUUUAUCUUUUCCUCCCGGGCACGCGUCCUGUUGCAGUCUGAGUCACACGUUCCCAAAACAUUCCAUCAUCCCCCCUUCUCACCACCCAAAUUACCAUGGAAACCCAACGAAACGUCAGCCAUCAACCUCACCCUCAUCCUCACCCAGAACGAACUUAAACCUUGUGCCUCUACAACUCUUUUAUGGGACAGGGCGGUGUUUUCUGCUGCCGCCGACAUCGACGUCGCACCGGUCCAUGACCCGGUGUUACAUAUUUGUUCAAUGUUAACUAGUUCCCAUUAGUUGUGUCCGGUGCAAUUGUUGUUCUUCCUUUGUGUUCUGAAGCUGUGGGUUUGCACUGACUCUUUUGAUUGUCAGUUCUUGUCACUCUGUUGUUCUGUUUUUUGGUUGUUGUGUUCUUCCCUUUCCGGCUGUUAUUGCUUUCUUUUAAACUGGUAAAGUGUUGGCCCGUCACUCUUGGCCCCAUUAGUGAUUCCAUGUCCACGCAAACUCAAUUUACUGGAAGCAAGAUGUGCAUUUCCUAUGCAACAACGACAAAAAAAAUAAAGAUGCUAAUGCUCUA